AUGCCGUUCAUCACAGUCCAAGGUGCAAACUUGCAUUACGAAACCUUUGGCACUGGACCGCCUCUCCUCCUCAUCACUGGUGCCGGUGGCAAUGGCUCAGCCUGGCAUUCGGCUGCCAAAUUCCUCUCUGUUCACUACACCACAAUUUGCUACGACCGCCGCAAUCACUCAGCCAGCACCAUCACCGGACCCCAAGACUACGACCACCGUCUAGACACGGAUGCCGAAGAUGCCGCCCACCUCAUCAGACACCUGAGUCCCUCUGGCACAGCAACUGUAGUAGGGAACUCUUCUGGUGCCAUUGUAGCCCUGAGACUAUUGCUCAAUCACCCUGACAGCGUGGACAAGCUUGUAGCCCACGAACCCCCUGCUUUUGGCGCUUUGCCCGCCGAGUUUAGAGCCAUGGGGGAAGCAGCAGUCAACCAUGUCUACGCACGAUACAGAGAAUCCGGUCCCAUUGCCGCAAUGGAAGAGUUUACCGCCAGUCUCGGUGCAGGGAGUGAGGCUGCGCUCAUGCGUAAAGUCAUGCAUCCAGCAACCUCUCAGGAGAUGCGUGCAAACUGCCUUUUCUGGUUUGAGUUUGAGCUUCGACAAUAUCCCUCUUCGGAUGUUGAUGUCGCUGGUCUGGUCAAACUCGGGGAAAAACUUGUCCCUGCUGCUGGAGUUGAGUCGGGGGAUGGUGUUGGUGUUGCACCUAUUAGUGCUAUUGCGGCGGCUACACAGAGGGAGGUCCUGAGGCUUCCGGGUGGUCAUGUGGGCUUUGCGUCACAGCCUGAGGCCUGGGUCGAUGUGCUGGUCGAGGGUAUCAAGACAUACUGA